GACUCCCUAACUGUUAAGCCCCAGGAUAACAACAAGUCUGAAUUUGCCUUGGACUGUGUGUGUUCCUAUCUUCCAAUGGUAAGUCCUGGCAUGAGCAGCUAUCUAGUCACAUUCCACAGUGAGGAGACCACAGGUAAGCAGCUAUAGAGAGAGAGAGAGGGAGGAAGGAAAGAAGCACAGAAGACAUCAUGAAUACACCCCAAUACUGCUUUCUGAUGUUGCUUAUCUACUCAGGUGGACCCAAUGCAGGUAGAAUGGCUUUUAUUUCCUGUGUGAUACUUGACACCAUUGUUAGGUUAGUGUUGAGGUGUGACAAGUCACGCGAUGCAGGGGGGGAUCUUACGCUGUAGUUCACAUUUGGUGGCCUACCCUUAGCUUGGAACUAUCAGACAAGACAGUGGAUCUGCCUGAGCUUGUCCUCUGUGGAAUGCUAUGGCCAACAAACACAUAGGACUACAUUGAUACAAAGGCCUCCAUGUGGUGUUGAUGCUGUGUUUUGUUUGAUUAGAUAUGAUAUGAGAUAUUCUCUAUUGAAGCUUUGUGUGAGUGUUAUGUGGACAGUGUGUGUAAGCCCUCGACCAUCUGUUUGGCAUGUUCUUUGAUAAAGGAGAAAACAAUGUAGCACAUUAAUGGGGAAGUUGUAGUCAUGAUGAAAUGAUGUCACUUUUAUCUGCUGUCCAUAGGCCUACUAGAAAGAAGGAAAUGCCUGAUAUUUAUAACACAAUCUAAAUCAAUCUGAAUGGCAAAGUUGAAAUGGAUGAGAAAUGUUCAUAAUGCCUGCCCAAGUAAGCCUCAGUUCAGUGUAUCACUUCCCUACAGUAGCUAAUUUAUCUAUAGACAUUGUUUGUUUUCCCCCUCUCAAAUGUUGUUAUAUAAUCAAAUCAAAUUUGUAUUUGUCACAUGCGCCGAAUACAACAGGUGUGAAAUGCUUACUUAACCAACAAUGCAGAAUAAAAAGUACGAAAAAUGUGCUCAAUAAACUAAAGGAAAAACCUUAACACAAUAAAAUAACAAUAACGAGGCUAUAUACAAGGGGUACCGGUACCGAGUCAAUGUGGAGGGGUACGGGUUAGUCGAGGUAAUUGAGGUAGCAGGUACAUGUACAGUAGGUUGGGGUAAAGUGACUAUGCAUAGAUAAUAAACAGACAGUAGCAGCAACGUAUGUGAAGAGUGUGAAGGAAUGUGAAUGAAUGUUUGUGUGUGUGUGUGUGUGUGUGUGUGUGUGUGUGUGUGUGUGUGUGUGUGUGUGUGUGUGUGUGUGUGUGUGUGUGUGUGUGUGUGUGUGUGGAGCGUCAAUAUACAUGUGUGUGUGUGUGUUUUCUGUGAGUGUGAGGUUAGUCCAGUGAGUGUACAUCGAGCCUGUGCAAGAGAGUCAGUGCAAAAAAUAAUAAGAAAUAGGAAUAAAAUAAGGGGCUCAAUGUAAAUAGUCAGGGUAGCCAUUUGUUAACUGUUCAGCAGUCUUAUGGCUUGGGGGUAGAAGCUGUUAAGGAGCCUUUUAAGCAUUGUUUGAGCAGUUAUCUGGAAAAUGUUUUUGAUUACGUCACAAAGCAGGUUAACACGGUUCUCACACCAGACAAGAUAAAGCCACUGAAUCUAAACUUUCAUGUGUCUGUACUAUGUCAACCUCUCUAGGAGCUCUGAAUGGUAUUAGCCCAUUCAUAAGGCAUUACGAAGGCUUGUCAUAUGAUCGUGAGGCCUUACACAGGAGACACCAGCGCGCCAAACGAGAGACACAGCCUCAGGACCAGACACUGCAGCUGGACCUCAGAGCUUUUCUCAGGUACUGGACACAAGCCCAGGAGAUGCUGUUUCAUUGCCUUUCUGAUCAACAUAUAAUUAUAAACGCUUGUUUCAACACAUGUUUCACUCUUUGUGCUGUGUGUCACACGAUUGUUUACUUUAGGACCUUCCGGUUGCGUCUGAGGCGAGACACGACGGGAUUAACAGAGCCUUUUCAAGUCUUCUCUGAAAACAGAUCAAGUACAGCAGACCUCUCCCAUCUAUAUUCUGGGGAACUUGAAGGUAUAUGACACUUCAGGGAUUCGUGGCUUUAUAAUGGAACAUACUGUAGCCUGCCUCCCCUCAAUCUGCCUAUCGGUCUCUCUCCCCCUCCAUCUCUCGCUAACUCCCACCUGUCUGUCUCUCACCAGAUGAGAGGGGAUCUUCCUGUCACGGCUCUGUCAUCCAGGGCCAGUUUGAGGGUUCUGUCCUCACAGCCAAUGGGACGUAUUACAUAGAGCCCGUCCACAGAUACACCAGCCAGCCCUCACAACACCACUCCAUCAUUUACCAUGAAGACGACAUC